AUGAAGGGUAACUCCAUCCUUCUGCUUCUGGUCAUGGCCAUUUUCGUCAUGGGCCAUUUCCACCUUCUCUACCCGAUCAGCCGAGGUGACAAUGUGGACAAGAUGAACACCUUCCCCUGCGGCGGUCUCUCUGAGUCCACCAACCGCACCAAGCUGCCGUAUGGCAAUUUCCCCGUCUCCGUCCGCCUCGGUCAUUCUUCUUCUGCGAUGGAAGUCCUCAUCUCGCUGGACUACCCCGAGGAUGCGUUCCCGAUCAUCUCCACGUUCGGCGUGAAGGGCCAGGGCCAAUUCUGUCUUCCGGACGUUGAAUUCGACCCUCGCAAGAUGGGCAUCGACAAGGAAUCGGUCAAUGCCACUAUCAUGGUGCAGACGAACGGUGACCCUGACGGCGGCCUUUACGCGUGUGCCGAUGUGGAAUUCGCCAAAGACACCAAAGUCAUGGGUGCCGAUUGCAGGAACAACACCAAGUUCGAGAUCGUGACCUUCAAGGGCGAGGGCGAGAAACUCCAUGCCAACGAAUCGACCCCCGAUGGCUACAAGCAGACGCACGACAAUAAGAAUGAUGCUGGCAAGACCGAUCUUCUUAACUGGGGCAUUUCCUAUAUUCUUGUGCUCGCCUGGUAUUUCUGUAUGUAA